AGCAUCAGUUAAGUAUAACUGUUAUCUUAUAUACCACCUAAAGUGGGUCCCAAGAUUUUUACAUUUUAACUCGAAUAACACAUAUCCCACGUGUGAAAUUUCAAAGUGGCUGUGUAUCAUCCAUCAUACUCUCUGGCAGAGUAUCAAAGUCGUUUCUCCUGAGAGAAAUCGCCACCGACCGUCAGCUUCCCAUGUCUUUCAAAAACCCUACAUAAUUCGCAAUCCGCAGCUCCUUUCUUCCUCAGCGAGGUUCUCGAUGGAUGUAGAAGAAUCAAUUCGUGAGAAUUCAAACACAGAUGUUAGAAAUCCCAUAUUCUUGGACAGAGGUGACGUUGCUGCGCUCCUCUCUUUCCCUUCUCUCAUCAAUCACCUUCAGUUUUCUCUCCCAUUGGUUUCCACCUCGAUACAAUCACCACUUCGGCAGAAUUUCCCCAUCAACCCAUGUUCGUCUCUUCUUUUAAUGCCAUCUUGGUCCACCUCUCCUUCACUUCCAUUUAUCGGAGUCAAGAUCGUAACCUCUUUCCCCCAGAACUCGGCCCGCAACUUACCGGGCAUCAAUGCAUCAUACGUUCUUUUCGAUUCAUCCACAGGACAGACUCUUUCCAUGAUGGACGGAACGGAAAUAACCCUUUGGAGGACAGCUUGUGUAUCUGCCCUUGCCGCUAAAUAUCUAGUUAGACAAGAUGCGGAAGUUCUUGUGAUGAUUGGGGCAGGUUCAUUGGCUUCUUAUCUUAUAUCAGCUCAUUUGGCGGCAAUUCCUAGCUUGAAGAAGGUGGUCGUUUGGAAUCGGACGGCCAAGAAGGCUCAGGAUUUGGCAAAGGAGAUGGAAGAAGGUGAAUCAGGCAGUGUUAGUUUUCAGCAUGGUGAAUGUUUGGACGAGGUUGUUGCGAUGGCAGAUGUUGUGAGUUGCGCUACGAGAUCAGAGAUUCCGCUCGUUAGGGGGAAGCUGUUGAAGGCAGGUGCCCAUUUGGAUUUGGUGGGGUCUUUUAACCAUUCGAUGAGGGAAUGCGAUGAUGAGGCUAUUGGGAGGGGGAGGGUUUUUGUCGACAAUGAGGCCGCAUUGGUGGAAUCAGGGGAAUUGGUGGGUGCUUUUGAUAGGGGAGUGAUCUCACGUGGGGAUAUUGGUGGGACUUUGUUGGAUUUGAUCAAGGGAGACAAGGUUGGAAGAAGUAGCUCUGAUGAGGUUACAGUUUUCAAGUCCGUUGGUUCAGCUGUUGUCGACAUUCUCACCGCCCAGUUGGUAUAUGAGACUCGUCUGAUAGAGGUUUGAUAUGUAGUUUUUGCUUUUUCACGUAUAAUUGCCUGGAAACAUACAUGAUGUUUAGACUUAUAUACUGUUAUCUAAUUAUCUUAAUUACAAACAGGUUUACCUAA